AUGGAAUGCUCGCUGGUGGCCAUGACGGCUUCCCUUGUGGUUCUUCGUAGCCGGAUGAUGCUCGCCGCCCCUCCACACACCCUCGGACCACUAUGUGCCUCGCCACGCGCCCUCCCACCGCUCUAUGCCUCGCCACGCGCCCUUUGCCGCUCUAUCCGUCGUUCUUUCUUGACGUUGCUCGCCUCGCCGCCGCCACGUUGCCGGGUAUGUUCGGGCUUCCGUGGUGUCCGCGAGCGCCCCUCUGGCACAUUCUACGCCGAGAUCCGCUCCGGCAACAUGCGUCUUGUUCUCAUCAUGUUUGACACGGCCGACGAGGCCGCCCGCGCGUACGACGCGACGACGUGGCUCCUCGGGCGGCCCCAUAGGGACAUGAAUUUCCCUGAGGCGAUGACGCGGGAGUGGGCACAGCAGCUCGCGCCUCCCCCGCGGGUUGUCACCGAAGAGGACCGUCGCCCGAACUGGAGGCGGGAGCGCCGCCUCGACAUCGCUGAGAUGGACGAACAUGCCUUGGCGGCGUGGCGCCAACAGUUUCCGCAGGACAUCCUCGAUGAGAAUGCAUUCUUCGCGCAAAGGAGGGACAGGAGGAGGACAGAGUGA